AUGCGAAUACUGUUCGCAGUUUUUGAUUUACCAACACGUUCACAUCUUCUUAAUAUUAUUCAGUAUAACGGAUAUAAUGGGCGUGGAAACUGCAAAAUCCCUGGUAAUUCUGUCAACAAACAAGUCCGUUUUCCAUACUCUGAAACUGAUUAUGCAACGAAAGAUCAUCAGUUUUAUGUAGAAACUGGCAGACAAGCGUUACUACAUCAUAAUAUUGCCGAAAUCAAAGGCACCACACCACUAUUUGAUAUAUUAUUGCUUCCAGUCAUGGUUCCUUUCGAUGAAAUGCAUUUAGUCUAUAUUGGACAUUUUAAAACAUUAAUAAAAUAUUGGGAUAGUAUGUUUUCUAAAGUUUUUCAAGAAGCUUCAACAUUUUUAUCCUCUAUUAUACUACCACAUGUAUUAUUAACAGAUUUCACGCAGUGGAAAGCGAAAAUGUUUCGUGCCUUUUUCCUGUUUGCCGCAGCACCUUUCGCCGUAUUCUAUCUGCCUGAUCGUUUCGCUAAUCACUUUCUGAAAUAUUUUGUUUUUAUCCGAUCUCUGCAUUAUUAUCAUUCAAAGCCACAUCAUCUCGAAUUGAAAGAAUUAAUUAAAGAAUAUCAAAAAGAUAUGUCAGUAUUGCAUGGGAAAAGUUCGGAACUGGCAACAUCACAUUAUCACAGUCAUUUAAUCCAACAAGUGCAUGAUCUUGGUGGUCUUGCUCUGACUUCUUGCUUCGUAAGAGAAUCAUUUCUUGCUGACACUUUAAAAAUGGUGUCAUGGUAA